AUGGCGGAUUCGUCUAAUUCAGCAGCGCCUGCCGGGGCUGCUAAGCCCCAGGCUGCUCCCAAGCCUCCGAAUCCUGUUUUCAAAAUGAUGGGUCUACCCAACAUUCGCCUUAAACUUCCUUCCCGAAACUGGAUGAUCUUUCUCACAAUCACCGGUUCUUUUGCUAGCGCUAUCAUCUACGACCGUCGAGAGAAGCGCCGCUCGCAGCAAAAAUGGAGUGAGCUGGUUGCCCAUAUCGCGAAGGAGCCACUAGGCGAGACGGAGAUGCGCCGUAGGUUGACCGUUUAUCUUGCCGCACCACCGGGAGAUGGCUUGAAGGUUGCCAGAGAUCAUUUCAAGGAGUACGUGAAGCCGAUCUUGACCGCCGCGGCUUUGGAUUACACCGUGGUGGAGGGCCGACGAGAAGGCCAGGUGCGCGCCAGCACGGCGGAGAAUAUCCGAAAGCUGAGGCGCAGAGCCGGUGAACCAAGCACAGAUGUCCGCGAGCCUACUACUGAAGAUAUUGUGGUUGCAGGGCGGGAGGCCAAGGGUAUUCGAGAUGAGUCCGGCCCUAAGGGUGACUUGGUGAUUGGACGACACACAUGGAAGGAGUAUAUCCGAGGUUUACAUGAGGGAUGGUUGGGACCCAUGGAUGCUCCUGUCCCCCCACCUGCCGAGAUUCCUGCUGUCGAGGUGUCUGAAAACCCCAUUCAGGAUAUCGCGGCUGGGGAUGCCCCCAUCGAGAACACCUCUCAGGUGGAGACCCUCGAAACACUCGAAAAGAAGCUCGAUGAGGAUAAGAAGGAGGAGAAGGAUGAGAAGAAGGAAGAAGAAAAGCCAUCCAAGCCUACCGGACCUCCCGAUGCCUACAUCACAUCCGCCAAUUAUCCGUCCGCUCAACUCCCGCCUUCUAUUCCCCAGUCUUUCGACAGCUCCACCCCCAUUGAAUUCCCCCACAUCCUCGGAUUCCUGAACACCCCCAUCCGCAUGUACCGCUACCUUAACCAGCGCCACCUCGCCGAAGACAUCGGCCGUGAGGUUGCUGCUGUUGUGCUCGCCAACAGCUCGAGACCCUUCCGCGACGAAUCCUUCAGUGCUGACUCCGAGCUAAGCGGCGUCGCUGUCGACUCUUUUGCCUCCCCCGAAGGCUCCGCUACCGACGUUGUACGGGGCCACUACGAGCAACAGACUGUUCUAGAGAAGGAAGAGAAGGAAUGGCACAAGUCUGUGCACAAGCGUGAUGAGAAGGACCUGGAACGCGAAUGGUUGGAUGAUAUUGUCCUGGACCCUCGCAUCGCCUCUCGUAUGAGCAUUGCGCAAGUUUCCCCUGAAGAUGAAGCCCGCUCUCAGCGUCUGGCUACGCGUGAGGAAUACAUCCUUGGUGAAGAGCGCCCGCUUCCUGUCUCAUUCUGGAAGAGCAUGUGGAUCAAAUACGGAUAUGGUGAAGAUGAGGAGACCAUCCGCCGCAAGCCAAUCUAUGGCAACUACGAUGGUGAAUUUGAUGCUUAA